AUGUCCACCUGCACAGGAUCAAAGGUCCUACACAAGGAGCCACUUUCAAAUGAAAAUUCUCGCUGGAUCAAGCUUGAAGGAAUCACAUACCAAGAUCCCACUGGCACAACGCGCAAAUGGGAAUCCGCCGAACGCAGCACACGGCCCAAGGACGGCGACAUUGACGGCGUAGGGAUCGUCGCUAUUCUCGAAAACCCAAAGACCAAUCGCCGGGAACUCCUGCUCCAAAAGCAGUAUCGGCCUCCCAUUGACUGUAUAGCAAUCGAAGUGCCUGCCGGUCUGGUCGACCCCGGCGAGACGGCAGAGGAAGCUGCCAUUCGGGAGUUGAAGGAGGAGUGCGGCUAUGUCGGCGUGGUGACCGAGUCAAGCCCAGUCAUGUACAACGAUCCCGGAUUCUGCAACACCAACCUACGCAUGGUUCAUAUUUCCAUUGAUAUGAGUUUACCGGAAAACCAGAACCCUCAGCCCCAGCUCGAGGAGAACGAGUUCAUCGACUGCUUUACCGUACCGCUGGACGACCUGUGGGAAGAGUGCAAGAAGUUCGAGGCACAAGGAUACGCCGUUGACGCGCGGGUUGGAACUCUGGCUGAGGGUAUCCUGCUGGCGCAGAGACUGAAGCUGUAA